GAUGAGGUAAUUAUCUGGUAAAUAUGAAUUAAUUAAUGUAAAUAAAUCUACAGACAAAAGUGACUACGUCAUAACCUGAAGAAAUUGAAAAUUAUUUCUCAGCCACUUCCCUAGAAAGAAUCCGACCAUUCUUUAUAAAAUUAUAUUAAUCCUUCGCAAAAUCCUCUCCGAAAAGAAGAUCGAAUAAUCAAUUCAAAGGCCUGACAUCGACCACCCAAACCAAAAUCCGUAUACAAUGAGGGGCACUCCUCCUCAGCCACUGAAACAGACAGCGGCGCCACCGCUGCCGGAGGAAGACGGCAGCGGGGAGCCCCUCCUCCGGGCCUCAACUGGCGUCAUCAUCGGAGGCGGGCUUCGAAAGAAGGCGGCCGGAGUUAGGCCGUGGUUGCUGCUGGAUUCGACUGGGCAGGCCCAGGUAGUGGAGGCCGGAAAACACUCCAUCAUGAGGCGAACCGGGCUCCCGGCCCGUGAUCUGCGGAUACUCGACCCGCUACUAUCUUAUCCUUCAACCGUGCUUGGCCGUGAGCGGGCCAUUGUUAUCAAUCUGGAGCACAUAAAAUCCAUCAUCACCGCCCAAGAGGUUCUCCUUCUCAACUCUAGAGACCCUUCAGUUAUCCCCUUUGUCGAUGAACUCCAAAGGAGAAUCUUACGCCAUCAUCAAGCUGUUAAAUCUCAGGAAGCUGGAGAGGCCGAAAAUUCAGACUGGACAAAUUUGUACGAUUUAGAAGGGCCUCAAUUAACCCCAAUAAAUUCACCGAGUUAUCCAAACAAUUUCCCGACCAAGGAAGAAACUGCAAGUUCCGAAGGGAAAGAACAGUCGCCCGAGAAUCGAGACGGUCCAAAGCUGCUUCCCUUUGAAUUUGUUGCAUUGGAGGCUUGCCUCGAGGCUGCGUGCAGUUGCUUGGACAAUGAGGCAAGGACGUUGGAGCAAGAAGCUCAUCCAGCUUUAGAUAAGUUGACUUCGAAAAUCAGUACUCUGAAUUUGGAACGCGUGAGACAGAUUAAAAGUCGUCUUGUUGCUAUAACCGGGCGUGUUCAAAAGGUAAGAGAUGAGCUGGAGCAUUUACUCGACGACGAUGAUGACAUGGCAGAGAUGUAUCUAACAGAGAAACUGCAAGAACAGCUCUCCAAUUCCUCCAUUACUUCCAUGGAUGAACAAGAUGGAUCUAACGACGCAAACAUUGACGACAGGACUCGAAUUGACAUACUAAUGGAAGGCAACGAGAAUUCCGUAGCUUCUGAUCUGGACAAUCAGCCAAUAGAAAACCGCCAGGAGCAAUUGUUCGGCGGGCCCCACCUACUUAGUAGAGGCAGCCAUGGGACCCACACUAGCAUACAUAGUGCCGUAAGCAAGCACCUUGACGUGGAGGAGCUCGAAAUGCUCUUGGAAGCUUAUUUCGUUCAGAUUGACGGUACACUGAACAAAUUAUCCACCCUGAGGGAGUACGUGGACGACACGGAGGAUUAUAUUAAUAUUAUGUUGGAUGACAAGCAGAAUCAUCUGCUGCAGAUGGGGGUCAUGCUAACUACGGCGACGCUCGUGGUGAGUGCGUUUGUGGUUGUGGCUGGGAUUUUCGGCAUGAAUAUUAAAAUAGAGAUAUUUAAUGAUCAAGUGCAUGGUAUGACGAGGUUCCUGUGGACCGUCGGCGGAGGAUCAGCCGGUACUCUUUUCCUCUAUGUUAUUGCUAUUGCUUGGUGUAAACACAGACGGCUACUUGAAUGAGUUCACCCUCUCUCUAAAAUCAAAAAUGUAUGUGUAUGUAUUGUAAGUGUGUUUAUGAUCCUGUAUGUUUUUGUAGCAAAUUCUUAUUGUUGUUCUUGUUUCUUAUUUUCGGAUGAAGUAAAUAUGUAAAAUUAAUGAAUUUCUUAUUUUUAAUUUAAAUCAAUUAAUUCGCAUUAAA